AGAAUUCAUUUUAAUUUAUAAUAUUUCACUAUGAUUGAAACAAAGUGGGAUAGAGUUUUAUUCAAAGUGAGUGGUUGUAGAAUAUCCCUAUGCUUCUUUGGAUCAGAUGACAUUACUGCUGUAGAAAAAGAACAAUACGAUAUCAUAAAGCUUUACAGUAUGUUGAUCAAUAUAAUAGAUGAAUAUUCUUCUCAUUUUAAAAAAAGUUAUGAUAAGAUCUUCUUUUUUUGUUGAGACUUUAUCUAUUAAUAAUACUGUUUUGAAG